AAGACAGCACGAAACUACCGCAAAAACUAGAUACAUGAAAGAGAGAGGGGAGAAAAAUAAAAACCAUGUCUUUACAUAGAUUUAUUAUGCUUGUACACAGAGAGCCACAACCAACAACAGAAAGGAACCAUUUCCUGUAAAAAGACAGCAAGAAACUGAAGAAGAAGAAGAAGAAGUAGAAGAAGAAGAUAACGAAAAGAGUAUUCUUUUUAUCUGAAUUUUCUCUUCAAUGGCAGAAAAACAAGACCCCACUUCUUCAAAACCCACAACAGCAAUAGCAGCACCGACACGCCCUACGAUAACUCUGCCUCCAAGGCCAGCCAUGGAUACCCUUUUCACUGGUGGGCUUAGCCCUGGCCCCAUGACUCUUGUCUCUUCUUUCUUCUCUGACAAUUUUCCUGACUCAGAUUGUCGCUCUUUUUCUCAGUUACUUGCUGGUGCCAUGGUUUCUCCAAUCGCCAGGCCGGCUUUUUUCACUGACAAUUCUUUAGCUAAUAAUAAUAUUAGUACUUCCGCUGUUUCUUCUUUGAAGCAAGAUGGGGUGGGGAAUAAUAGUAAUUUGGGGUUUAAGCAAAGUAGGCCUGUGAAUUUGGUUUUGACUCCUUCUCCAUUGUUUACUGUCCCUCCUGGGUUGAGUCCUUCCGGUUUGCUAAGUUCGCCUGGGUUCUUUUCUACUCCUCAGAGCCCCUUUGGAAUGUCCCACCAGCAAGCCUUGGCACAAGUUACAGCUCAAGCUGCAUUUGCAGCCCAAUCUCAGAUGCACUUGCAAGCUCAGUAUCAACCCACCUCAUUAGCAUCUUCCACAGAGUUGUUGACGCGCGAGCUAUCACUUAAUCCUGGUGAAACUUCACAGCAGCAGAUGCUGCCAUCAACCUCUGAACCUCCUAGUUCCACGGUGGAAUCAACUGAUGUCUCUCAUUCAGAUAGGAGACAGCAACCUCCUCUUGCUGUUGAUAAACCAAGUGAUGAUGGCUACAACUGGCGCAAAUAUGGGCAGAAGCCAAUUAAGGGCAGUGAAUAUCCAAGGAGCUAUUACAAAUGCACACAUCCGAAUUGUCCUGUUAAAAAGAAGGUUGAGCGUUCUAGUGAUGGCCAAAUAACUGAGAUCAUCUACAAAGGCCUGCACAACCAUGAUCAGCCUCAACCUAACAAACGAGCAAAAGAUGGUAGUGACCCAACUGGAAGCAUAAGUUCUCAGGCUAAGCCUGAAAUUGGCUCCCAAGCUCAAGAUGGUAAAAUGUACAAGUUGAGUGAAACAAGACCUGCUCAUUCAUUCCAAGGGAGGGACCAGGAAUCUACUCAAGCAGAUCCCAUAGAACUGACUGGAUCAAGUGACAGUGAGGAAGCAGGUGACAGGGCAACAGGAGCAGAAGAAAGGGAUAAUGACGAACGGAACCCUAAAAGAAGACACACAGAUGUCCAAACAUCUGAGGUUGUUUUACCACACAAGACAGUCACAGAGCCAAAAAUCAUUGUUCAAACUAGAAGUGAAGUUGAUCUUUUAGAUGAUGGCUACAGGUGGCGCAAAUAUGGCCAGAAGGUAGUCAAAGGGAACCCCCAUCCAAGGAGCUAUUACAAAUGCACUAGCACAGGAUGCAAUGUCCGUAAGCAUGUUGAGAGAGCUGCAGCAGAUCCCAAAGCUGUCAUUACUACGUAUGAAGGAAAACACAACCACGACGUUCCAGCAGCUAGAAACAGCAGCCAUAACACAGCUAACAACAAUGCUCUGCAAUUGAAACCUCAAAAGUUGAUGGCUGAGAAGCAUUCUUUGCUCAAGGGGAUGGACUUUGGGAACAGUGACCAAAGACCGGUGCUUCUAAGACUAAAAGAAGAGGAAAUCACUGUAUAAAUGCUCUCUCUGAUGAUAGCUGCUAGAGUAACAUAAGGAUCCAUCAAGGUAACGUGGUACACAAUGAAGAGCAUGGAGAAGAAAGGAAAACCACUUGAAAGUUGUGGGAAUUCAGUUGUAAUGGCUCUUUUUAUUUUUACCUCUUUUUUACCUUUUUGGAUGAAAUGAAGAAGCAUGGAGAAGAAAGGAAAUUUAUUUGGAAGUUGUGGGAAUUCUGCUGUAAUGGCUCUUGUUGUUUUUACCUCUUUUUUUACCUUUUUGGAUAAAAUGUAGUGGUAAUAGUUGCUGCACACGUUAACCCUUUGACAGAGAAUGCUGUGUUCACUACAUGUUCUGUAAAAUUAAAUUUUACAAGGCAUACUGUAUAUGAUUAUUGACAAUUGAGUGGAGAUGGAAGGAAAAACACCCAAUAUUUUGAUGUAAUUCAAUUUUCUGUUCAUUUGCUGGAUAUGGAGGUUGUGGCGUGAUA